AUGAAAGGGCUUGACGAGAACCUCGUGGUGAAGGUCGCUGACUUCGGCUUGUCGCGCGACAUCUACGAGCGUGACUACUACAGCGCAAAGGACAAGAAAGCCAAGCUUCCUGUCAAGUGGAUGGCGAUAGAGAGCCUUGAGAAGGGCACCUACGACACGAGGAGCGACGUGUGGUCGUAUGGUGUCGUUCUGUGGGAGUUACUCACACGAGGUGUCUGCCCCUACCCGGAAGUCGACAACUGGGACAUCCUCGGCUACCUGAAGUCGGGCCGCCGCAUGCCACAGCCAUCGUACUGUCCGAAACCACUGCACGAGUUGAUGCAGCGAUGCUGGGCGACGGCCCCCAACGAGCGGCCGCAGUUCCAGCACAUCGUCGACGAGAUCCGCAGCUUCCUGCUGUCGUCGGAGAACCACCGCUCGUCGCAGCGCGUCAGCAUCGGCGACGUGCAGUACAUCAACAUUCAGAUACCCGACAGCUCGCCAGGGGGCGCCGAUGCGGCCGACGGCACGGUCGUGUAGUGGCGAGCGUGCGCGCGGGCGGUACAUCAACAUUCGGAUACCCGACAGCUCGCCAGGGGGCGCCGAUGCGGCCGACGGAACGGUCGUGCAGUACAUCAACAUUCAGAUACCCAAGAGCAAAGAUUUUUAAGGUUUUGUGUACGUGUUUUUUCGUUUAUCUACACGCGUGAUGCGCGUGUAGCUUGUACGUGAUAUAUAUGUGGUGCGUGCGUGCGUGCGUGCGUGCGUGCGUUUGGGAAAAUAAUUUAACACUUUACUCAAUUACAACUCAACUACUUAUUUAAUAAUUUAAUAAUUUUACUCACAUCGUCCGUAUCAGCGUGUUUCGUAGGUUUUGUACACUGGCAGC